CUAAUUUUAGGUCAUUUUUUCACUUUUUCCUUCCGUUUUUUUCUCCUUUUCUACGUAUUUGACUAUUUCCACUCUAAACUACGCACAUCAAAAUACAACAAAAAACCGAAUAAUUAUUUUAAAUAAUAAUUGUCGAAGGUGUCUCGAAGAAAACUGUCCAAAAAACAAAAAUAUAUGUUUUUAUAUCACUCAUAUUUCCAAAUAUUUCACCUAAAAAAAGCGAGUCAACAAACGUAUGCAUCAUUAAUUGGACCGCAAUGCCUUUCUCUGAUUGGCUGUGAAUAAGGAAACGUGUCGAAACCGUUUCUUACGCGACUUCACGCUAGCGCUUAUGGGAAAACGAGUACAAAACCAUGGCCUUUCUUUUUUAUUGUGGGCUCUAAUGUUGUAAAGUAAACUACAUUACCCAGUAUUCAUAGGGUGUUGCGUUCAGCGUUGACGUGUGUUUUGUUGGUACUCUGUAAAAUUCCCGUGUCGCAUCACUUUACUGUAAAAUCGCCACAAAUGCCACCAUUUUACUGACAAAUUGUGAAAUAGAAACGUUUUUCUGACGUCGCGUCAGUUUGCGGCGAUGGGCGGUGAAGUAACAACGUUUGGCUCCUUCAUCCUGGUCCUGUUCUUGGCUGGAUACCUGGGUCAGCAGUAUCUACCUCCUCCAAAACCCAAAGUGAUCGGCCUGGACCUGGGCACCACAUUCUGCUCGGUGGGCGUCUUUCACUCGAGCAGUGGCGUGGUGGAGGUGAUCGCCGACGAACAUGGGAGGAAGAGCAUCCCCAGCGCGGUCUCCUUCACCUCAACCGAGGUGCUUUCCGGACACGAGGCCGUGGAGCUGGCCGACACCAACCCGCAAAACACCAUCUACGACGCCAAGAGGUUCAUCGGGAAGGUGUUUGAUCCGGAAGUGAUGCAGCAGGAGAGUGCCCGUUACCCGUUCAAGGUGAUCAGCAACAACGGCAGUGCUGAGUUUCUGAUCACGACAAACCGGACCUUCGCCGUGAGCCCGGAGUUCAUCAGUUCCAGGCUGCUGUUGAAAAUGAAGAAGAUGGCCGAGCGACAGCUGGGUGUACCCAUUCACAAAGCCGUCAUCUCUGUGCCUGCGGAGUUUGACGAGAGGCAGAGGAACUACACCGUCAGAGCUGCCCACCUGGCCGGCCUGGAGAUCCUGCGUGUGAUCAAUGAGCCCACGGCCGCUGCCAUGGCCUACGGUCUCCACAAGGUGGACGUCUUCAACGUGCUGGUGGUGGACCUGGGGGGAGGGACUCUGGACGUGUCUUUGCUGAACAAACAGGGGGGCAUGUUUCUCACCAGAGCCAUGGCAGGAAACAACCAGCUGGGGGGGCAAGACUUCACCCAGAGGUUACUGCAGUACACCACGGAGCGGGUGAGGCAGGAGUUCGGUGUGGCGCCGACUGUCAAAGAGGACAUCCAACGUCUCCGACAGGCGGUGGAGGCCGCGAAGAUCAACCUGACCGUCCAAACCAGCGUCACGAUCUCGGUCCCUCUGCAUCUCCACACCAGCGAAGAAGAUCCCGGCGCUCCCGCUGCGGUUCUUUUCCGAACCGAGAUCGGCCGGGAGCUGUUUGAGGAUUUGAACCGAGAUCUUUUCCAGAAGAUUCUGGCUCCCAUUGAGACCGUGCUCGACGAGGGCCACCUGAAGAAAGAGGACGUGGAUGAGAUCGUUCUGGUGGGCGGCUCCACCAGGAUCCCACGGAUCAGGAAGCUGAUCAGCGAGUACUUUGGGAAAGAGCCGAACACGUCCGUGGACCCCGACCUGGCCGUGGUCACGGGCGUGGCCAUACAGGCCGGAAUCAUGGGCGGCUCCUGGCCGCUGCAAGUGAGUGCCAUAGAAAUCCCCAACAGACACCUGCGCAAGACGAACUUCAUCUGAACUCUGAGUGGUUUCUUCACAUGGACCCACGACUCCGUUUUCUCACUCACGGAGUUGAACAUCGUUCUACGGCCGACGUGUCGACCGUCGCCAUUAAAAUGUACAAACGCUUCCUGUGCUUUUUUUUUGUUUUGUUUUUAGAGGAGCAGCGUCGACGUUCGUCUUUGACAGGAAGUGACCAAUUAGAGCUGCCAAAGUCACCAGUCGUUUCGCUGCUGCAGAACAACAGUGAGGAAAAAAGUCUUUUAGUCGAGUCUUUUAAAGGGACAUUCACACAAUGUCUCAGAGUCAGGGACCAACCACUGGUUUAACAGACGACAGACUGGUCCGUACGUUCUGUGCUAUUUAUUUAUUUUUAUUUUUUGUAGGUUAUUUAAGUAAUUCUCUGUACUGUCAAACUGCCAGUCAGUUAUUUGGACACAAACGUGUUGGUCCAGGUCACUGGAAUAAUUUAUAUUUUCACUGGAAUUAUUUCUAAAGAUGUUGAUACAUACAGGUAUACAUAUAUAUAUUUGUAUGUGUAUA